GUGGGGAAGCGGCGGCGGCGGAGGCUCGGCCGCCAUGCAGCGCCCCCCGUGCGCCCCCCCCGCGCUGCUGCCGGGGCUGCUGCUGCUCUGGGCCGCCGGACACGUGUCCCCAGGUCACUCCCAGGAGGUCCAGGCUGAGAAUGUCACCGUGCUGGAGGGUGGCACUGCAGAGAUCACCUGUCACCUGCACAGGUACGACGGCUCCAUCGUGGUCAUCCAGAACCCCGCCCGGCAGACGCUGUUCUUCAACGGCACCCGAGCGCUGAAGGACGAGCGUUUCGAGCUGGCCGAGUUCAGCCGGCGGCGGCUGCGGCUGCGCCUGGCGCGGGCACGGCUGGAGGACGAGGGCGGCUACUUCUGCCAGCUGUACGCGGAUGAUACCCACCACCAGAUAGCCACGCUCACCGUGCUGGGUAUGGCACACCUGGGCACACACCUGGGCACACCUGGGAGGGGAAGAACAAAAAAAACCCGAAACACACCUGGGCACACCUGGGGCACACCUGGGGACCCUGGCUAUCUGGGGGAACCUGGGGAUAUCUGGGUAACCUGGGUACCUGGGCAAUCUGGGGCACACCUGGGCACACCUGGGGAUACCUGGGGGGCACACCUGUGCCCACCUGCCCCCGCAGGCCGCAGCAGCCACCGGCAGGAGGGCAAGGUGUUCUGGCAGCGCUCGGUGCUGCAGCUGCGGCCGGAGCGGCGCGACCACGGCGCCAUCGUCACCUGCGAGGCCACGCACCCGGCACUGGGCCGCGGGCAGAGGAGGCAGACACAGUACCAGCUGGACGUGCAGUACCCCCCCUCGGUGCGGAUCCACCCCUCGCAGAGCGUCCUGCGCGAAGGCGACACCUUGGUGCUCACCUGUGCCAUCAACGGCAACCCCCGCCCCACGGAGGUGUGGUGGAGCCGCAUGAACGAGUCGCUGCCGCCCCGCGCCCGCGCCGAGGGCGAGCGGCUGACGCUGCCGGCGCUGGCGCCGCAGGACAACGGCACCUACACCUGCCAGGUGGGCAACGCCCACGGCCGCGCCCACGACACCUACGUGCUGGUGGUGUACGACCCAGGUGCGGUGGUGGCGGCGCAGGGGGCGGGGCCUUUCGCCGUGGUGGGCGGGGCCUUGGCGCUGCUCGUGUUCCUGCUGCUGCUCCUGCUGGGGGCGCUCGUCUGGUGCUCGGUGCGGCAGAAAGGCUCGUACCUGACGCACGAGGCCAGCGCCCUGGAGGACCAGGGGGAGGCGCGCGAGGCGUUCCUGGGGGGGGAGGGGGGGAAGCGCAAGGAGGAAUUCUUCAUCUGAGGGGGGCGUGGCCUGCGGAGGGGGCGGGCCCCACCCACACCGGCCCCGCCCCCAACCGCGGGAGGGGGGAGGGGAUGAUGCAAAAUGGGGGGGGGGAUGUUGGAAAGGGGAGGGGUUAAAAUGGGAUAAGCCCCGCCCACACCGUGCCCCACCCCCCUGCAAGCCACGCCCCCCUUUGUGGGGUGGGGGAGGGGCAUCCACACACAGCCCCUCCCCCCCCGCCCGUGGGAAAUUUGGGGGCGCCCAGAGAGGAAAGGGGGAGGGGUUAAAAUGGGAUAAACCCCGCCCACACCCCAUAAACCCCGCCCCCUUCACAAGCCACGCCCCCCUGUGAGCGGGGGAGGGGCCUCAAAGCCAUUGGGGGGGUGGGGGAGGGGCGCGGGUUUGGCCCCUCCCCCCACGCGCGCACAAUUUAUGGGGGGGGUGGGGUUGGGGUGGGGAGGGGCGGGGAAAUGAAUAAUGUAUGAGGGUGGGCGUGGCCAAGGGAGGCCCCGCCCCCUCGGUGGGUGUGGCCUGUAAAUAACCUUUUAACCACCUUUGAUACAAUGCAAUAAAAACAACCCCGAUUCGUA